AUGAAGAAAGCAGAGCUGAUCUUCAUCCCAGUGCCAGGAAUUAGUCACCUGGUGUCGACCCUUGAAUUUGCAAAACGCUUAAUUGAUCAUGAUGAUAGACUUUUCAUCACAAUCCUUUCCAUGAAGUUCCCCUUUAAUACUGCCACUACAGAUGCAUACACCAGAUCAGUCGCUGCUUCACAACCUCGAAUACAAAUCAUAGAAGUAGACCGUCCUCCAUUAUCAGAUGAUGCAUCCACCUCAUCUGAAAACUUCUUCGCUCUCUUCAUAGAAAAAAACAUACCCAACGUCAAAAAUAUUGUGACAGACAUUAUUGUAUCCUCAAAUUCUAACAACUCAGGUUCAUCCCAAGUUGUCGGUUUGGUUCUUGACUUUUUCUGCUUGUCCAUGAUUGAUGUGGGCAGAGAACUCAGUGUCCCAUCUUAUUUGUUCUUAACAACCAACGCAGGAUUUCUUGGUCUUAUGCUCUAUCUUCCAACUCGUCAUAACCAAAUAGGCACUGAAUUUAGGAAGUCAGAUCCUGAGUCGUUAAUCCCAGGCAUUUUCAUCCCAGUACCUUCAAGUGUUCUGCCUUUAGUUCUAUUUAAAAAGUAUAAUGGCUAUACUGCUUAUAUGAAGCUAGCUCAAAGGUUCAGAGAAACGAAGGGAAUUAUAGUGAAUACCUUCACAGAGUUGGAGCAAUAUGCUCUUGAUUCAUUUUUGGACGAUGGCCAAACCCCUCCAGUCUACCCCAUUGGACCGGUGCUUGAUCUCAAGGAUCAGCAUAACCCUGCUCUGAAUUGGGCUCAGCGGGAGAGCAUCAUGAAAUGGCUUGAUGCCCAACCUCCAUUAUCAGUGGUGUUUCUAUGCUUUGGAAGCAUGGGGAGCUUUGGUUCAACCCAAGUGAAAGAGAUGGCUCUUGGACUUGAGAGCAGUGGGCAUAGGUUCUUGUGGUCCUUAAGGACAUCCACCUCCAUGCCAGAAGGUUUCUUGGAUCGGAUCAAAGGGAAGGGGAUGAUAUGUAGAGGGUGGGCACCACAGGUGGAGGUCUUGGCUCAUAAAGCAAUAGGAGGGUUUGUGUCUCAUUGUGGAUGGAACUCCAUAUUGGAGAGUUUGUGGCAUGGUGUGCCUAUUCUAACAUUGCCUAUAUUUGCUGAGCAACAGCUCAAUGCAUUUAGGAUGGUGAAGGAGUUGGGGUUAGCAGUGGAGCUGGGGUUGGAUUAUAGGAAUGGUCGUGAUCUUGUGACGGCUGAUGAGAUUAAGAGAGCUGUAAGACGUGUGAUGAGUGAUAAUGAGGUUAGGAAGAAGGUGAAAGAGAUGGGAGACACGGCCAGAAAAGCAGUGAUGGAUGGUGGAUCUUCGUUCAGAUCUUUUGGACAACUAAUUAAGGAUAUGAUAGGCAGCAAUUGA